CAGUGCGCUCUGCUCGAGAGGGAGAGCGCGAGCUGUCUACGGUAAUGUUCCAUACGCCCUCUCCGCCCCUGCUGCUCGAGAGACAGGUGGUCGGGACACAUGCCUUCAUCCUCGAGCGCUCCCCGGUUAAAAGAAGAAAACAAAUCGGUUGACAGACAGCGGUGGGACUGCUGGCGUGAGGCAAGCGCGUCCCCGAUGGAAUUGGAGCCGGUGACCUCCGCGCAGCGAGCACUGGGCAGAGGAGAGAGAGGGGAAAGCAAGUUGGCGAGAGAACCUCACCGAUUUACGUUUACGUUUCUCACCAUGACUAUUGCGCCGGCUGCUUUUCCGCCGCAGCGGAGGGGAUUGUUAUUCACUUACAGAAGGAAGAAACACACAAACCUCUGAGGCAAACCGGAGAGAGAGCAUUACCGGGAAUUUCGUUUUGUUCCAUUAUUCAUUUGGAUCCUAAUAGCUGGUGGAAGUUGUCUCGUGGGGAUUAUGAUGUCUUCGGGUGCCGGUAAAGCCCCGCAGCCCCCCGGGCCAGGCUCCGGUAGCCUUAACGGGACUGCAGCAGACUUACCGAACAUAGAGCAGGAGCUGUAUGACUAUCAGAUGCAUGGCAAGAUGUGCAAGAAGAUAGCUCAGCUAACCAAGGUGAUCUAUUCUCUGAACACUAAGAACGAAGAGCAGGAGGCGGCCCUUCAGGCCGUCAGCCACGCCCACCAGGAAGAGCUGAGGCGGGUUACCACGGGGACGUGUACCGAGGGGGAGGAGUCGGCAGUGCUUAGGACACGCCUCUCAGAGCUGCAGGAAACUCUAGCUCAGGUUCAGGUAGACUUUGAGAGCUACCGUGUCCAGGCAGAGGAAAGGGAUCGUGGGGUAGAGGCAGAGCUAAGGAGGGACUAUGAGGAAAAGCUCCAGGCUCUGGGGCUGGAGAGACAGGAGACCCAGGCCCAACUCAACACGGCCCACGACGAGAGUCUCCGACUGGGGAGAGAGCUGGAGACGGCUGGGGAGGCUGCGCAGUGCCUGGAGGUUCAAUGUGACGAACUACAGAGGAAAGGAGAAGAGAAGCGAGGGAAAGGGAAGGAGGAGGAGACGGAGAGAAUGCGACUCCUCUCGGAGGAGGUGAAGACUCUGAGGAAAGGGAAGGAGCGAGCGGAGGAAGAGAGGGAGAGAGAGGAGAGGGAGAAGUGGGAGACGAGGGUGAAGGAGGUGACAGAGGAGAAGGAGGAGUUGAAGAGGAGCAUGGAGGAGGCGCGCAGGGAGGAGAGACGGCAGUGGGAGGAGAGAGAGGAGGAGGAGAAGAGAGGGAUGAGUACAGUACUGAGAGAGAGAGUGAGGAAGGCGGAGGGAGAGCUGGAGGACAGUCUGAAGCGACUCAACGAGAGCAAGAGACACGCUGCCAAACUACAGGACAGAAUACAGGACCUGGAGGAGGAGUUGGAGUCGGGGAGGAGGCGUGUCUCGGGGGCAGAGGGUGGGGCUAAGAGGGCAUGGGAGGAGUUAGUCGUGGCCAAAGAGAGACUACUGCUGCAGGAGGAGGAGCUGCAGAGCAAAUCAGAGGAGCUGCUGAGUCGUGGUGUGUGUGAGGGGUGUGUGUGUGUGAACGUGGAGGAGUUGAAAGGUCAGGUGAACAAACUGCAGAGCAGGAACAGAGAGCUGGAGAUUCAGAGCAGUGGGAGAAACAACGACUACGCCAGACAGCAUGCGGAGGCCCUGGCUAGUCUGCGUUCUGAGAUGGUGAGGGCUCAGUCAGAGGAGCUCCGGAGAGAACGGAAACACGCAGAAGUGGAAAAGGAACAAAUGCAAAAAGAGAUAGAAGAAGAGAGAGACAGACUGCAGAAAGAGAGAGAAGAAGAGAGAGACAGGCUGCAGAAAGAGAUAGAAGAAGAGAGAGAACGCCUGCAGAAAGAGAUAGAAGAGGUGAAAGGAAGAGUGACAACACAGAUGGAAGGCAACACGGAGCGAGUGGAGGAGCAGAGAGAGAGUCUGAACCAGGAGAAGAAGAGAUUGAAGGAUCAGGCGGACGAGGAAAGGAGGAGAUUGAAGGAGCAGGCGGACGAGGAAAGGAGGAGAUUGAAGGAGCAGGCGGACGAGGAAAGGAAGAGAUUGAAGGAGCAGGUGAAGAAGGCGAUAGAAGAGGUGAUGAGGAAACAUGCAGCUGAGCUCCACAACGCCCAGGAAGCACUGAGGACAAACCAAGAGCAGGUGUGUGUACGUGUGCAGGAGGACAGGAGGAGUGGUGAAGAGGUGUGUCGAAGGCUGGAGACUGAGAGGGAGGAGCUUAGAGACCAGCUGCAGCAGGCAACCAAUCAGAUCUGGCGUUUGGAAGGAGUCAUUCAGCAGCAAAGUCAGGGGGGUGUGGCCUCUGAAACUCCUCCCACCUGCGGAAUCCACUGUUCCCACCUCCGAGAGGAUCUACAGCACAUACAGGAAGAGAUGGAGCGACAGAGAGAGAGUUACCAGAGGGAGAUGACAGGUCUGAGAACAGACAAACAGAGACUGGAGGAGAAGGUUCUAGAGCUCAACCAACAGACCCAAGAGAACACAGACAGAAACGUUCUAGAACACAACCAAGAGAACACUGACAGAAACGUUCUAGAACACAACCAAGAGAACACUGACAGAAUCGUUCUAGAACACAACCAAGAGAACACUGACAGAAACGUUCUAGAACACAACCAAGAGAACACUGACGAGAGAAUCCGGUCAGAGUGUGAGGAGCGCCUGAGGGCGGAGCUUAAGGCGGAGCUUGAUGCGGCUGUUGCCACGAGCAACCAGAGAGAGCAGGAGCUGCAGACUCAACUAGCCGAUCUCCAAUCACAGGUGGAGAGGAAGGCGGGGCCAGCAGAGGGUCACCAUGACGACAGCGAGAUUGACAGGCUGCGGAGGGAAGUGCAGGAGACCAGAGACAUGAACCAGAGACUGAGAGAGCAGCUGCAGGAGGAACCACAGAGACACUCUGAAGAACGACACACGGCGGCGUUACAGGCUCUGGAGAGACGAGCUCAGGAGGAACUGCAGACCGAGAGGAACAGGCUACACACACUGCACCUGUUACAGCUAGAUAAGCAGGGUACAGAGCUGAGCCAGCAGUACACAGAGUGGAGUAGACAGUUGACCCAGAGACACAUGAAACACAUCGAAGACCUGCAGACGGAACUACACACACACACAGAGAUGAUGGCCCUGCAACAGGACUUGAAGCAGCAGAAUCAGUACCAGGUGUUUGAGCGUCAGCUGGAUGAGAGUCGCUGUGCCGUUCUGGAACUACAGAGGGAAAACACUGUACUGAGGUCGGGAGAGGAGGUGAUGGGAAGAGAAAGAGAGCAGAAGGAGAGAGAAGAGGAAGCCCAACGACUGAGAGUGGAGGUGGACAGACUGAGAGAAGAGGUGGAGAAACUGGAAGAGGCUCAGAAACAACGGGAGGAACAGAGAGAAGAAGAGAUGAGAGAAGAGGAGGCGCGAAGAGAGAUGGAGGAGAAGAGGAGGGAUGAGGAGAAGAGGACGGAGGAGGAGAACAGGAGAGAGGAGGUGAAGAGGAGAGAGGCCGAGGUUGAGGAGAAGAGGAAGGUGGACGAGGAGAAGAGAAGGAAGGCGGAGGAGGAGGAGAAGAGGAGGAAAGAGGAGGAGGAGGAGGAGAGGAGAGAGGAAGUGAAGAGAGAGCACAGGAGAGCGAUGCAGAGUCUGGUGUGUGAAUACAGCAGCUGUCAGGCAGAGCUACAGACUCGCAUAGUGGCCCUGGAGACAGAGCUACGGGAGCGUGAGGAGAGGUGCAGGAGGAGGGAGGUUCCUCUCUGUGAUGAUCUCCAGAUGGGAAGACUACAGGAGAGACUCACUGAGAGGAACCAGCUCAUCAAACGCCUGGUGGAGGAACGACAUCAGCUGCAGCUUCAUCCUCCGGUUGCCGGGGACAACGGAACCCUCAGGCUCCAUGACAACAGGCCACACCCCGGGAUCGUUACACCAACUAUGAGGAGGAAGCGUGUGGACGAGUCUCCGCCCCGCGUCACCAGCGUUCCAAACCUCAGCGCCUAUGAGAGGAGCGUCCUCCUCCCCCACGACACCCCCUCCCCCUGCCUCCCCCAACAUCCCUCCCCCUCCUCAACUCUGCCCUACGCCUCCUCCUCUCUCCCCCGUUCCUCCCCCUCCCUCCCACGUACUCCCAGGUCUCCCAGUUUGGAUCCCAGCGGUCGCGGCCCUCUCUCUCGUACCCCCACUCCUCUCCCCCCUGCUCCCACCACCCCCCUCCCCCUCUGUCCAUCCUCCCUCCCCGAGCCUCGACAUGGGAUUCGACACGUCACCUCACCCUCGCAGGAGCUCCGCCCACACCUGAACAGCCAGUCAACCAGGAGCCCAUAUUUGGAGCAGAGGGGGAGUGGCCAGGGGGCAGAGGGGCGGGACCCUCAGAGGCAGGAUUGGUACACGAAGUACUUCUCCUUCUGAACACACACACCACACACACCCCACACACACACAGGUGACCUCUACACACCUGUACAACACACUCAGCUUUAAACAAACACCUGACAGACCAAAACUAUGCUUGUUCAAUGCAAAUGUACUGUAUUAUAAUCUAUAAUGUGGAAUAAAGUAUUUUAUUUAUAUUUAA